AUGGAUCAACAUUUAAUACUGCUGAAACAGUUUGUUGACAACGUCAGAAAAAAUACGGACAUCCUACAUGAACCCUCACUAGGGUUCUUCCGUGAAUUUCUGGAAGAGUUGGGUGCAAAAAUCCCGCCAAUGAAGUCCAAGACGGAGGGAACUAGCGGAACACCUCCUAAGACAGAAGCGAAAGAACCAGAACCUGAGCCGAUGGAGGAAGAACCACCAAUUCCAUUCCCAUCUGACAUUGACAACUCCGGAGUGAUUGAGGAAGAUCGUGGGGAUCCGCUCCCGAUGGGUGAUCCGAACAAAGAGGCCACCGAUGAGGAGAUUGAGAGGGCCAAUGAGGAGAGGGACAAAGCUAUGGCUGCCUUUUCUGAAGGCAACUUCGAAGACGCCGUUAAGCACUUCACGGAUGCGAUUGAACUGAACCCGGGAUCAGCUAUACUGCAUGCCAAGAGAGCAAAUGUACUCCUGAAGUUGAAGCGUCCACGUGCAGCCAUUGCCGACUGCGAUAAGGCAAUCUCUAUCAACCCUGAUUCAGCGCAGGGCUACAAGUUUAGAGGAAGAGCAUACCGUCUCCUUGGUAAAUGGGUUGAAGCGCAUUCUGAUCUCGCAACAGCUUGCAAAUUGGACUACGAUGACGUUGCCAACGAAUGGCUCAAAGAAGUCGAACCUAAUCGAAACGUUUAUUUCUGCAUGAGCAAAAAUUCUAUAAAUUAUGCGAAGCAGAAACACAUUUCCUGCCAGGUCGGUGGAAAAGUGAUUCACUAG